AUGGUAAACAAUAAAAUUUAUGCUUUUUUAGGAGAAUAUACUGAUUUUUAAAUAUAAAUAAAUUUUUUUUUUUUUUUUUUGAAAAAAAUAUAUCAUGUAUGAGAUGGAAGUAAUUUUUCUAUUAAAAAAAGCAAGGACAUAAGAAUUGGCGAAAUCAUAAAGCUCAGAGAAAAUGAGUAUUGCCCAGUUAAUAUUUUGCUGCUUUGUGCUAAAGAUGGGGAAUCUGAAAUUUAUGUCGAUGUCGCAAAAGUCAUAGGAGAAGCAAGCUUUGACUCAAAAAAGCCAGUCAAAGAGACCAUGGAGUUUUCAAAAGAAACAGACGAAAUUGGAACAAUUCCUUUGAUGAGCAGAAUCAAUGCGACAAUCAAAAUUCCAGAACGAAUGAGUCACAGCGAGUUUAAAGGGUCUAUAAGGCUGGAAUCAAACCCGAAGUCGACGUCACUUUCCUUGUCCAACUGCAUAUUUAAAGGCUCAAAAUUAAUCGGCGUGGAAUGAGUAUUAGGGGUUGUCAUGUACGUUAACGAAAACCCUAUCUACAAGCAGCAGUUUUUUGAAAGUAUGUCAGUUUAUCGAAGCAAAGCUAACAAAAUUGUGGUCUUUAGCGUUAUUUUUGCAUUUGUAAUUAUAGCUAUAAGCCUUAUUUACAAUUCAGAGAAAUCAUAUGAUUUCGAUAGUGGUCAUACUGAAUUUUGUCUGAGUACAAUAACUUUGUAUAGCUAUAUGCUGCCGAUCUCUUUAUUUAUACUGCUAAGAUCAAUAAAAGCAAUACAGUCUACAAGAUUGAGAAAAAAUCAUAACAUUAUGCUGACUUCUUUAAAAGGCAGCGAAGACCUAGGACAAAUUGAAUAUAUCCUUACUGAUAAAACUGGGACUGUCACUAAUGGGGAUAUACAGCUUAAAACUUGUGUAGUCGAUAACGAAACUUAUACGAGGGACGACGAUUUUAAUCAGCCGUUCUCUAUUGAAGCAGGAGUUAUGAGUCUUGGGUCUGAUUAUGGGGACCAGCUAGUUAUACCUGAUGGUGCUCCUGUAAAUACUUCAAGGGUGUUUAAAAAUUUUAUUGACUUAAAGCACGAGUUCAGCUCCCAUGGAGUCACGAACUCAAUAUACUACCAUUUCGUAAUGUGUAUGGUAAUGUGCAACAGCGGCUACAUGAGAAGUGACAAAUCCUUCAGUCCUGUCUCAAUUGAAGAAAAAGCCAUCAUUGAAACCUGCAAAGAGCUUGGGAUUGAGCUCAUCAAAAGAACUAAGCGUGGCUACAAAUUAAUUGUCCUUGACGAAGAAGUUAAGCUAAAAGUCAUCGGCUUUCAAAGGCGUUCUCAUAUAGUAACAAAAUCCAGGAUAGUCGUAAAAAAUCCUCAGACUGGAAAGUCAGUCCUUUAUGUGAGCGGGUCCAGAGAAAGUAUGCUGAAAAUGUUCUCGUCGUCUGCUGAUGAAGACACUGAUUAUAUCACUGAGUCCAUAAAUAACGCAGACACCGCAAAUAAAAAAAUUAUUUUACUUGGGUAUAGAGAUUUGACUGAAAAAGAAUGCGAGGAUUUUGAAAUCAGCUACCAUAAUUCUAGACUGCUGCCUGUUAUUAGUGAAGAAAAGAUUGAAGACUUGUUUACUCAGCUUGAAAAAGAAGUGAAGUAUUUAGGAGCGAUUGGGCUUGAAGAAACGGUUCUGGAAGAAACAAAAGACGCGAUUUCUGCACUGCAGAAAGCAGAGAUUAAGCUGUGAAUGCUGAGCGGGGAUAAUGAAGAAAAUACGAUAUGUGCAGCAUUUGCGUCAGGGAUUUUAGAUCCUAAUGUAAAUGUGGCACAGCUGACUAACGUAGCCUUAUAAUUAAAUAUGGCAUCUUAGAGUUUCGCAUAGGCUACGCUGACUUCCUUCGAGCACGUAUUUAAUUAUAUCUGGCAAGGUUUUGCCACCCCAGAAUUGGACAGCAAUCAUAUCUAAACUAUUCUUGGCGUAUCAGAGCCUAGCCCAAGUCAGUUUUCAACGAUGAAUUUUACCUCAAGAGUAAGGGUGGCACUAAGUUGAAAAUGGGCCGCCCAGCAAUGUCUACAGGCAUACCUAGACCAGCUGGCACUUCGCCGACAUGAAACCAGGAAUUACGUCCUGGGCUACGUGCUUUCCCUUUUUUCCUAGAGCCUCAAGCAAGGCCGCGCAAAUCAUAAGAUUGCCCACUUAACACUGGAGCUGAAAGGAAGGAGGAGACACUGCCGUCUUUUGUGGAAGACACGUUCGCAAAGCGGUUGAAUCUCUGUAUCGAAAUCCUCGGCAACUUCGUAAAAAUUAGGGCGAGAGCCUACUGCUAAUAAGCUAAAUUAAGACUAACAUAACCUCUUCAUUUGACUGUACUAUUGAAAUGAUCGACCUUAUCAAGCUGCAUUUUUAUCAAAAAACUACUACAACUGCAAACGACAACACUUCUAUGUGUAUCCCUUCAGACGAAGAAGAUCCAGACACUAAAUCUCCUCCUCCUAUUUUUCCAGCUCGCCGUAAGCGAACUGGUGCUGGCACUUUUAUUUCGAAAAUGUCACAAAUAAACUUGUCAGUCCCUCCUCACCGUUCUUUUAAGCGAAGAAGCAAAUCAAGCCGGCGGUCGAUGAACCCUGCUGUUUUAUCAAAUAUGCCCAAAACUCAGCUAGAGUCGCCUUUAUCAAGCCCAAUAGAUGCAGAUACCGUUCAUUUUGUGCUUUCUAUUGAUAGAAGUGGGGUGCUGUUCGGAAUGAGCACUGAGGAAAACCGUAAAUAUUUUGCAACCAUUAUAUGUGCAGCCGAGUGCAUUGUUUUCCAUUCUCUGCUGCCUGAAGAUAAAGUCAGGAUCGUGAAGUUCUUAGCUCCUUCUCCUUCCGUGAACAAACAAAAGCAUUGGAAAAAUCCCUAUUUUAUGGAUAAAUAAUAAACAAUAUUUUAUUAUAAAAAUUUUUACUAUAAAAUAAUUUAAUAUAUAAGUUGUUAAUGAAAUUUUAGCUUAUUCUGUUGAAUUUUAACGGCUUGCAUAAAUAUUGAAUAUAAAAUUAAUUUUUACUUUUAAAUUCUUGUGAAUUUUAAGUUUUUUAAAUUUUUUUAUAUAAAUUUAAAAAAAAAAUUAAUGAGCGAAGAGUAAGGGAAAGAGUCUCAUAUAAGCCAAUUAUUUUAGCAAUUGGAGAUGGGGCUAGUGACUGAGGAAUGAUACAGCAAGCCCACGUAGGAGUUGGGAUUGUAGGCUGUGCAAGUGAGUAUUCAGGAAAUGUAUCACUGAGAAGGUUUUCUCAGUUAAAAGAGCUCCUGCUUUGCCAAGGACAUACAAUGAUGGUAAACAUUUCUAAAGUGUUGUGUAUGACAUAUUUCAUGGGCUAUUUGGCUUCUUUUGUGAUGUUUUUCUAUUGUAACGCAGAAGGAUCUUGAUGUAGAGAAUUUUUUGAUAGAAAGCUGAUCCACUAUUAUUUUUUUAUGAUCACUUUUCUUCCUAUACUGGCAAAUGGGGUUUUUGAUGAAGAGUUAUCAAGACAUCAGAUUGAUAAAAAUCCAAAAAUUUAUAGGGCAACUUUUUUCCACUCAGCAUCUUGGAUCAGCUACUUUAAAACUGUGAUAACUGCGUUUAUAUAUGCAGUCAUUAUUUAUUUCCCAACGUAUUCGAUACAGACUGCUAUUAAUGAUAGAGGGUUUACUGACAAUGCGGCUGUUAUUGAAAUCACUGUCUAUUUUGCAACUGUGGGAGCUUCGUGGCUUUAUAUCAUUAUAGAAACAAAAUCUGUGAGUAAGUGGACUGUUGGAUCUUUAAUACUGUCAUUAGUAUCUCUUAUUAUUUAUGUAAAUACAGCCUUUGAAGAUGAUGGAAAUUACCAUUAUGGGGUUCUAGACAUGCUUUAUAGCAGCCCUAUGUUGAUUCUCUAUAUGUUUAUGGCUCCUCUUGUCUGUUUUGCGUUUAAUCUCUCAUUCAAACUUGCUAAAACUUUAUUCAGUCCUGAUAUUUUUAGCAUUAUAAGAGCUAAAAAAGAGUUUAAACUCAGCAUGAGUAUACUUCCAAGGCUUCAUCAAUUCAAAAAUAAGCUUGAAUCUAUUUACAGACGAUCAGGAAUAAUCCACCACUCCUAUGACUCUUUUGAAAUUAAUCCAUUUACUUUAAGAUUCAGAUCUCAGCAGGUCGAAAAAGAGUUCCAAGUGUAUUCUUCUCAUAACUCAAAUAAUAUCAGAGCUCUGCUUGUCUUUGUGUUUAUUUCCUAUCUGAUUUCUUGCAUAUAUGAAUACUUCGACGUUGACCAUUCUGAUGCUUAUUUAAUUUAUCUUACAAUUACCCUUAGCUCUUAUUUGAUUUUUGUAUCGAUUUCGUUGACUCAUUUAUUUCCGAUGUAUUGUAAGGAAUUAAUAUUGACGACCCUUGUGGGUUAGUCUAAACAAAGAAUUAUUUUUCAACUCCCUCCAAAAAUCUAUAAAAAUGAUUGUAAUUUUUAAAAAAAAUAUAAACAUUUAUUUUAGAAAUUUUUCAAAAGUCGGUUGAAAAAGUAAACGAUGUUUGAAAGCAUCAAAAACAGAGGAAAAAUUACAUAUAAAAUUCUAUAUUCUAUCUAGACUAAGCAAAUUUAAGCAGAGAGUUCAAGAUAGGAUUUUAUAAUAAACAGUAAAUAUUGUAUACUAACAAAUAGCAAACAAUAUCGACUAAAUGAAUUUAAGAGUGACAUGAUUCCUUAAAGCCUCAUUUUUAAGCUUUCUGAGAGGGUAAUGUUUUAUUUUGUAGAAUCCUUUCAAACCAAAAAUUGACUCAUCCAAGUAUGAAAAUUAGAAGCGUUUGCAUAGAAUAUAGCGAGCAGAAAGUAACUUUAUAAUAAGGAUUAUCCAUAUCGAUAAUUCCUUCUAUAUCAUAUAUACAUAAAAAUUAUUUAAUUUGUGAAAAUCUAUUACACACAUAAAUUUGGAGAUAAACCAUCAUGAUAGAAAGCAUCUUUGAUCAAUAAAAUAAUGCUCUGGAUAUCUGAUAAUUCCCAUAUAAUAGAUAAUUGCAAUAUUUUUAUAAAUUUCAUUAUGGAAAAAUUUUUCAAUGCAGAACUUGAGCAGAUUAAAUGGCAUUAAAACAGCUUUUGUAUGUAUGAAUAUAGAUAUAUGAACAAAUAGUUUCUGUCGUUUCCACUCUUCAUACCAAUAAAAUCAUUUUGAAAAUUACAGUCAUUUUAUAGGUUUCGGAUUGAAAAAGUGCACUUUUUUUAACCUGACUUACCCUUGUAUUUAAUAUUGGCAUUAUUUACGUAAAUGCUUUUGCGUUCCAUAAGUAUCAAAUGACUAUUUAUUUAUACUGGUCACCUAUAUAUCUGCUUGGGGCAAGUGGAGGAAUUUGAAUAGAAAUGACUACCAUUUGCUUGAUCAGCUGGGGGUGCUUAUUCGGGCUUGUUUUGUCAGAUAACUGCACUUUAUAUUCAGGCUCUGACAAUCGAGCCAUUUUUGCAAUAGAAACAAUUUCUAUUUAUUUAGCAAUGUGUAUAAUCUCAGCUAUACGAGGCUACUCCGCUUCAAAAACCAAAAGAAUCCGAUGGACACUCAUCAAAAAAGUUGAAGGCGAAAUAGAAAAAUCUGAACAGGUUUUAAGCUUUGUCCUGCCUGCAUUCGUAAGGAAAAGGGUAAAAGAUGGGAUCAGAUACAUUACUGAGGACCAAGGGGUGGUAUCUGUGCUUUUUUGUGAUAUAGACGACUUUGAAAAUAUCAUCACAAACUACCCGAGCAGCGAAACUGCCCAGUUUCUUGAUGAGGUUUAUAAAAAAUUCGAUACCAUUUGUGAACAAACUGGCGUCACCAAAAUAGAAACCGUAGGAAACGUGUAUAUGGCCUGUGCAGGCCUUAAAGAUAGCGAGGCAGAGCUUCCUUCGUAUUUUCGAAACAUAUCUCACGCAAGACGUACAAUAGAAAUGGGAUUAAAAAUUCUCAGUACAGUAGAAAAAAUUUAUCUGGGCAAAGGAGAGCCGCUAAGAGUAAACAUCGGGAUUCACACAGGGCCAGUGACAGCUGGGGUUGUCGGCUACCACAAGCCUCAGUUUUCGCUUGUGGGGGAUACAGUCAAUACUGCAAGCAGAAUGGCUUCGACAUUAAAAGACCCAAGCAUGAUUCAAAUUUCAGAAAGCACCCUGAAGGACCUUGACGAUAAGUCAGGGUUGAAUUUUAUUAAGCAAUCUGUGGAUAUCAAAGGAAAAGGAAACAUGAAUACCAUUCUUGUCAGCCUAAAUAAGUCUCCAGAAACCACUACGAGGGAAAACGAGCCUCUGCUGCCCGCAAUUCAUUCAAAUGUAAGCAGUCCUGAGCUGAAAGCGAUCAGAGUCCGAAACAGCUUGCAAAUUGAAAUGAAUGACGCCCCGACUUAUUCUCCAUUAUCGUCAACGAUCUAUACUGAGUGCAAGUCAACUGAUUUUCAAGCGUUUAAUCCUCACAAGCAAGGCCGGAAAUUCAACUUUAUGCAGAUUUGUCCGUUUAAUUACCAUGAAAGUUUGCAAGAUAAAGAGCUGAGGACUCAAAUGUUGAAAAAUUAUUCUUUUACGAUCUUUGGAGGGUUCAUUAUUUGUUGCUGUAUAAACUGGAUCCUAUUUGGGACAAAUCUGGCUGCAAUGCUUGCAAAUAAAGAUGAUUUUUAUAAGCAGCUGGAUUUUGGCACUUAUACGUUUGAGGCGAUAUUUUUUACUAUUCCAUUGGUGGUUAUUAAGAAGCUGUAUAAAAAUAAAUCAUUUGGAGUUAUAUUAGAAAUCACCUGUGUCCAAGCAAUCAUCAUUAUAUUGAUUAUGGAGUUUUGGGACCCUUUUAAAAGUGACCAAAUCUCGGCGAAUGAAUAUUUAUACCUUAUGUAUUUUAUCCUACUUCAAUGCACUGGUCUUUUUUUCAAAAAUUUAGUGAUGGUUUCUUUAUCUUUAGCUGUCUUCUGGAUAAUUGCAAUCAAUCUAAACGGCUCCUCUUACCCAUUUGAGUUAACUGUAUUUGCCAUAUUUUAUACAUUUAUAAUCCAAUUUAUAGCUCAUUACCGUGAAAAAAACCUUAAAAAAUUCUUACAGCCCCUCUUUAAAUUGGAAUAAAAAAUCCUGUUCCAAUUUUUUUUGUUUUAAAUUUUAAAUAAUUUAUUUUUCUCUAUUAAGAAAUUUUAAAAAAUUUAAAUAAUAAAAAUUAAACACAAUAAUUGGAUUUUAAUUUAUUAUUAAAUAAUUAAUUUAUAAAAUUUAAUAGAUUAAGCGUUAAAAUUGUUUAAAUAAUGUUCUACUCGCACUUUUUACGUUAAAUUAGGUCAAAACUAUAUUUAUAUAAAAAUUAAUAUUUUCAUCUAUUAAAUUUUCCUAUCAAGAAACACAUUAUUUUCCAAUUUACAAGAAAUUAAAUUACCAAAAAAUGGGAAAACUUACCUAUAUUUUGUCCAAUUUUAAGGGUGGGCGAGUUAGAAAUAGAAGAAAGCUCCAACAAAGAGCUCGAAAAAAUUGAAGCUUUACUGACCCAAAUGAUGCCAUCUCAUGUAUUUGAAAACCUUCGCGAAGAAAAAGCUACAGCAGACACAUUCUCCAAUGUAACUAUUUUAUAUGCAGACAUCGUCGGCUUUACAGCUUGGUCUUCCAAUAAAGACUCCAAAGAAGUUGUAGGCAUGCUAUCUGAGUUUUUUACUAGAUUUGACAAACUAUGUGUAGAGAACAACAUCUAUAAAGUCCACACCAUUGGAGACUGCUACGUCGCAAUGAGUUUAAAUGGGAUUGAUUUCGAAAGAAAUCCUUCCCAAGAGUGCUUAAACGUCAUAAAUUUCGCCCAGUCUUUACUUGAUACUAUUGAUAUGGUAAAUACCGAGCUCAUGCUGAAUUUGUCAAUGAGGAUUGGGAUUCAUACAGGCAGCAUUAUUGGAGGAAUUGCUGGUGCCACAAUAGUGAGAUAUGACAUAUAUGGAGCUGAUGUGCUUAUUGCGAAUAAAAUGGAAAGCAAUGGGGUUCCUGGAUCUAUUGCAGUGAGCGAAGACACGAUGACUUUAAUUGAAAGCUACAAGCCUGGGAUGUUUGACUUUGAAUUCCAUAAAGAAGUAGCUAUUCCUUCUAUCAAUAGGACAAUAAAUGCAUAUAUUUUGCAAGCAAAUGUGAAAUAA